CCUGAGUAUUGGCUCCCCAAGUAGUCCCGGCAAGUUUGGAAAUUAAUGCAGUUCUCGUUUUCAAUUUGGAAGCUACUUUCUCCAGUCAAAAAAUAAUAUUUUAAAAUGUUUCACAGUCAUCAAAGAGAAGAUAAUUAUGAUCAUAUAAACAAUACACUAAUAUAUACUAUAACAAACAUUCCUGGACCUGGUUGUAAUAUGAACGACUUUAACAGCUGUCCUAAUCAAAUGUGUAACUGUACUGAUUUGUGUCAUACACCAAAUUGUGAAUGUAUUGCAUUAGCUGGCUAUAAUAAUUACGAUGAAUUUGGUAAAUUAAUAUCCGUUGAUAAAUUAAUAUAUGAAUGUAAUGAUUUGUGUAAAUGUACUUCAUGUCAAAAUCGAAAUGUUCAACUUGGUCCACGAAUCGGAUUGCGUAUCUCUCACUUUAACAAAGGUUAUGGGUUGUACACUGAUAUUGCUAUUGAAAAAGGACAAUUUGUUUGUGAAUAUGCUGGUGAAAUAAUUGAUAUAUCAGAAGCACAAAGACGAUCAAAUUUAGAUAAUGUAAAUUAUAUAUUUGUUAUAAAUGAACAUUUUUCUGAUCAUACUACUACAACUGUCAUUGAUUCUACCAUUAUUGGAAAUAUUGGUCGUUACAUUAAUCAUAGUUGUCAACCUAACUGUAUGAUUAUACCAGUGCGGAUUGAUUCAUUGAUCCCAAGACUAGCAAUUUUUGCCGUAAAAGAUAUUCAAUGUAAUGAAGAAAUAACAUAUAAUUAUGGAGGUGAAGGAUCUUACUCUCAAAAUAAUUUAUCUGAAGUUCCAUGUUUAUGCGAAUCAAAUAAUUGUAAAGGAUUUUUACCUCAUAAAAGAGGGUUAUUUUAAUGAUUUGUUUGUAAACAACUAUGUGUAUAGAUUGACCACAUUACAGUGCCCAACUUAAGGAGGGAUGGAGUACCUUAACUAGUUUUCAAAAUUUUAGUGUCCCCCCCUACUAUUAUUAUUACGUUAUAAUUAUAACGCUAAACUAGUUUUGAGAACGCUCUUUUUUUUUUUUUUUAAAUUAAACAGUUCCCCUUCACUAAUCAGGGCAAGUGAAGUACUGCCGCAUUAUAUUCUUUAAUAAUUCAUGUGUAAGGAAAAACAAUAUCUGCAAUAUUUUUGAAGCUAAAUAACUUUAAUUUUUAUGUGUAUAUUUUUGUUAAAAUUAUGUUAAAAUUUUUUU